AUGAUCGCAGAGAUAUUUCUUGUCCUCGCCGGACACAGCUCCUCUCUCUUCACCGACGACGGCCAAGUAGAUUCUGCACUCCAGCCUCUUCUUCAUCCAGGGGAGCAACAAGUCCUCGAAUUCCUAGGAAAGAUCGCCUUGCAGUAUCGCACUGUCAAGAAAUCAUGCACUACCCUCUCAUCGUCGUCGUCGCGAUAUGUAUGCGCGUUAUGCACGUCUUUGAACCAGAUCCUGAAGUAUGACUAUGAAAGUCUCGUACUGGAGACGGAAACCAAGGUCCUUCGACGCGACGCCGAGCUUGUAGGCCGUGGUUCGUUUGUACCCCUGUCGACCAUACGCGCAAUAUUUUCGGAAUGGGAGUCCCCCUUGGUCACCUUGGUUUCCCUCGUGCAGGAACUAGAAGGCCAGAAAUCAUGGCCACCCGGACCUCUGAUCGACAUGCUCCUCUUGCGGUCAAAGACAGGCGUGUACCGAAUAGCCGACAUACUGUCGCGUCUAUCCAUGGUUGUGCAGCGCGUUUGGAGGACGCAAUUAACCGCGUUCCUGGUCCACGGGUCGAUGUCUGCCACAGAUCCUUUGGCUGACGAUAGAUUCAUCCUUGUGGAAGGAUCUAUGCCACGCUGCGUGUCAUCGCAAUCUCGAGAGUCGAUUGCGUAUGUUGGCCGGGCUGUUGGGACGGUGAAAGCUGCGAAGUGGCAAAAGCAACUCCCCCGCCACUUAGCCCUCCAGCAUACGGAGCUACUAGACUCAACUCUCCCAGAAGACCAGAUCAUCUUCGACCGUGUCAUCUCGGAAAUCCGUCUCAACGUCAGCGACUGGCUAUGGAUGAAUAUUCUCACUGAGAAAGAUGUCUCUGACGCUGUCGACUCACUGGCCAACUAUUUCCUCCUUCGGAAUGGAGAGUUCAGCCUCUCCCUCAUCAGAGAAAUCGAGCGCCUCAAGGUGUCUCGAUUAGCUUCACGAUCUGGCGUCUCUUCAAUGAUCCGGGAACAAGACCUCAAUCUCGCGAUACUACGCGCCUCCCUGGGGACUUCUGCACAGCAUGACCCCGCCCUCGCAUACCUUCGGUUCUCUUUGCCCUCUGGACCUCUGCGCCCGCUGCUACCAUCUCUUGUUGAUCCCACAAAUCAGGCCUCAUCCCCCCGCGUUGAAGAUACCGAGGCAACGUCAUUCAAAGAUCUCCUACUCGGCACUCCCAUAACACUCAAUUACUCCGUCUCCUGGCCCCUCGACCUCUUCCUCCAUUCCGCCGACCUUCUCACAUACACCGACCUCCAUGCAUUCCUCUCCUCACUCCGAAAAACACAUACGCGGAUUCAUAACUGCUGGACAUCCUUGUCAAAUGCGCAGCGUGCCCGACGGAGAUGGACUGGUCUCGGAGAAGGGGGCACUGACGAAGACCUCAAGGCGCGUUCCACCCUGCUGCGUUGCGGAUGGGGCGUUGUCCGCGACAUGGGGUGGUUUCUGGAUACUCUCUUGGCAUACGUGAUGACCGACGUCGUAGAUACAGAGUACAGGCAACUCAAAUCGUUGCUUGGGAAAGAGGGGAUGUCCCAGUAUGCUUCAGGCGGGUCCAACACGCUGUUGGGCAGCAGACCGUCGGGGUUAAGCACCCAUUCAGACUCAACCCACAUCGACUUCACCACUCUGCGGACCAUCCAUUCAAUGUACCUUGAUCGCCUGGUGACGGGAUGUCUCUUGAACAACGACACCCUCACAUCGAUUCUAAGAUCGAUCUUUGAGGUAUGUGAGCGGUUAGUGGCUCAGAUUGAGAGGUGGGGAGGAGACGUGUUGCCUGCAUUGUUGUUUGAAGGGAGCAUACACGGUGAUCAGGGUGUCGGAAUCAUGGUUCAAGAACGGUGGGAGAUUGUCGCUGAGAUCAAUAAGUCUUUUCAUGCCUGCCUCGGGUCAUUCUACCACCAUCUCUCCGAGUCGACGUCCCACAAACCUUUUACGACAUCAGACGCGUCAAAGUCUGUGCUCAUGAACGCUAGUGGGAUCAACAACAUGUCCUUGAGCCUUGCGGCUGCGAUAGGCGGUGGAAAACUGUUCGACGGCAGUGCUGAAGUGAGAAGACACAUAGAGCGGCUGCUCCUCAGACUUGAUUUCAGCGGUAACUUUUCUUUGUCGAACAUUCCGCCUGGUGGCAAUGCUGCCAACAUCCUGCAAGAUGGUGGUCUCGUAUGA